AUGUCAUCCGAUUCAUUCCCGCAAUUUCUGAAUCUCCCAAAGGAGAUCCAGCUUCUCAUCUGGGAGGCUGCCGUCCGUCCACCCGACCGCCACGUCCACAGGUUCUUCAUCGCCGACUAUCACCUCAAAAAGCCAAGUCCCUUGUGUCCUAUAAAAGAGAGCUUCCUCCAACUAUUACGGACAAAAGCGCCUGCUUACGAGAGUGUGAACCACAGUUCGGGCUUCUCCCUCGCUGUGCCUACAGAUGAUGUAGACGGUAAUCGAAAUGACUCGGUCUACUUAUCUGACAGCUGUCUCUGGACUUUCUCCAAGGAAUCACGUCAAGCGAUGGAGAAGCGUUUUCAGAAAAACGAAUGGUGGUCAAAUUUCAAAUCUCCCUAUCAUCCAAGGCGCACAGCAGCCCCAGGUGAUUAUCUCGGCCAGGAGGGCGCCAGCCAUACGGCAUCUUACCAAGAUGAUGAUGGUAUCGUCAAACAUAUCACCAUAGACUUUGACAAAGAUCUUAUUCAUCUAGAUCCUCGCUAUUUAAAGAACUCGGAUUGGUUCCGUCUUCGCCAAGACUGUCAUCUACCUCUCUUUGACUACAGGAUCAAUCUGAGACCAGAAGCCAAACCGAGUUUCGUCGGAGACAAUAUUGCAUUUGAUUAUGAUCACUCGAUUUUGGGUGUUUUUCUCGAGCGGAAGGUUCACUAUAGGAAAAAAGAGUUAGGGAUGAGUGUAACGGAUUUCAACGACAUGCUCAGUAUGUUGCACGGUUGUGCAAAGAGGACGAUAUGGUUUAUUGAUUAUGGGCUUGUCCGUAUCAAAGCGACUACUAAGGAAGUUUCUGGAAAGGGUAAGGAGACGACACAAAGGACACAGGCUAGUCAAGAUCUGCUGUCUCCGAGAGAAACCUUUCGUUCAGAAGAUUUCAGAUACACUGAAGUCCGACGAGAGGACAUUGGCCCAGUUUGGCUCCCCAGCAAUGACGAGAUCGAAAAUAGAGAGAGCAGCACUGUCUUUAACAUGUUCGACUGUUUGAUCCAGCAAGGUCGUUUCGAUGUCGAGGAUUUCGAUCGACUACGGGUGUUAGCUUGCCAAUCUCGACCUGGGCGGUUGACUCAACUACGACGGCCUUGGGCGAAGAGGUGUUCCGGGGAUUCUACCUGUGAGGUAUGCGGUGUUAAGGAACCAGUACCUCGUGUGCGACCGUCCACUAUCAAGAGGGAGGGUUCAGAUAGUUCUACAGAUAUCUCCAUGUCAGAUCUAAACCUAUUUGAUUAA